AGAAGUGUAUCUGUUCGGUCGCUGUUUUUAUGUGGUGCUCUGAGUUUUCUGGUUUUUUGGAUAGUUACGGUUACCUUUGACGACGAUUGAAGAUCGGGUGAAGUUCGGGUGAAGAUUCGACGAGCCAGGCGCCUUACAGGAAUUCCGCACUCCCGGAGGAAGGGACGCAGAUCGCCAUCAGCAUGAGGAGGCGGCACUGUGUCACGUUACUGGUGCUGGCCCACGUCACGACGCUCGUAUCGGCCAAGGUGAGCUUCGAGAAGCUGACCAACCUAGACUUCGCGGGCAGCGCGUACUACACCAUCCGCAACCUGUCGCUCUACGAGUGCCAAGGCUGGUGCCGCGACGAGAAGGAGUGCGUCGCGGCCGCCUUCAGUUUCGUGCUCAACCCGCUGGCGCCUCAACAGGAGACCACCUGCCUGCUGCAGAACAGCACGCAGGCGCGCAAGCCCACCGCCAGGCCACAGCGGGCCGUCAACCUCUACUACCUCGUCAAGAACCACAUACGCUCCGAGAAAAUCUGCGACCGGCUAUGGUCGUUCGAGCGGUUCCCGAACAAGAUGGUGCGCGGCCACGACACGGCGGUGCUCUUCACGGCAAGCAAGGACUCGUGCCUGGCGGCCUGCAUCAACGAGGACCGCUUCGUGUGCCGCUCGGCCGAGUUCAACUAUGUAACCCUGCAGUGCCACCUGAGCGACGUGGACCGGCGGUACGCGGGCGUCCAGGAGAAGUACGGGGACGCCAUCGGCGUCGACUACUUCGAGAACGCCUGCCUCGAAGCGAGUGCCGUCUGUUCGGGGAUGAGGACGUACGACUUCGCUCAAGUAGGAGUGUCGCAAGACGUGGUGACGCACUAUGUGGAUCUCAACUUCUAUCCGGAUAAAGAACUACUGGUCAACAGCAAAUCGGAGUGCCUGCGCGCCUGCACGGUGGACAACGACUUCGUAUGCCGCUCGGUGCUGUACAAGCCGAGCCAGGACGGCGCCAUGCAGGGCUCGUGCUCCGUGUUCCACGUCGACCAUCUCAUGCUGCCCGACGGGUCGGCCACGUUCGCGGGCUCCAGCCCGCCGCUGCCGCUGCUGGACACUGGCGAGACCAAGGGCAUCUACUUGGAGUCACGCUGCACCAACAGCACGAGGCAGUACACGGCCAAGCCGGGCACGCUCAAGAGUCCGCCAAGCGAAACGAGGACGUCAACCAAGUCGCCCGUCUUCGCCGACUCGCCUGACCCUUCGUGCGACGCGUACGGGGUGUGCUACGACGUGUCCAUUCAGUGCACGGACGCCAAGAUAGUGGUGUACGUGAAGACGAGCCGGCCCUUCCACGGUCGCAUCUACGCCAUGGGACGCAGCGAGACGUGCAACACGAGCGUCCGGAACAGCCAAGCUUUUCGGCUCGACCUCUCUCUCACGGGGCAAGACUGCAACACACAGUCAAUGGGGGGCGUAUACACGAACACGGUCGUACUGCAGCACCACAACGUGGUCCUCACCAAAGCAGACAAAGUGUACAACGUGCGUUGCACCUACGAGACCUCGUCCAAGAACAUCUCGUUCGGCAUGAUGCCCGUGAGUGAUCUCGAUUUCAGAGACCCCGACACCACCCAGAUAACGGCCUCGCCGGAGGCACCGCUCCCCAAGAUCGUCAUCUUCGGCGUCGACGGAAGGGAGGCGUCCACGGUCAGGAUCGGUGAUCGGCUGACCUUCAGGAUCGAAAUACCCGAGAGCAGUGAGUCUCCCUAUGGCAUCUUCGCACGGAGUUGCAUCGCCAUGGCUAAGGAUGCUAGGAGCACGUUUGAAAUCAUUGACGAAAGAGGCUGUCCUGUGGAUCCUACCAUAUUCCCCGGCUUCAUGCAAAUUGACAGUAGCCUUCAGAGUUCCUACGAGGCAUUUAGGUUCACAGAAUCCUACGGUGUCAUCUUCCAGUGCAACGUGAAAUACUGCGUCGGCAGGUGUGAACCGGUUGUCUGCACGCACGGCCGGGAGAACAUUGAGUCGUGGGGACGUCGCAGGCGGUCCGUCCGUAUUUCCAAGAGGACCACGGAGGAAAUGACGCUCAGCCAGGAGAUACUGGUGCUGGACAUCGGGGAUGAACCAGCCGCCAGGUCUAUGACAGAGAGGCCGCCCACAAUCAACGAGUCGCUCAGCUACCAGGAGACAGUGGCGCUGAUGGACAAGUGCGCCUCCAAGAAUUCUGUGAUGGCACUCAGCAUAACUGCGUCGACGCUGCUGGUGAUUUACAUCUGCACCGUUGCGUACUUUGUUGCCCAGAGAAAAGUGAAGUCCAUAACGUGAACAUAAGAACCGUGGACUUAGGAGGAUCACAUUCGUUCAACACAAUGGCGCGGACUUGUAACUCUUUCACUCUGCCCAUUUUUAUUCCCACCGAGCGCUCUGAUACACAUUUUGGUACAUUUUCAACUGCUGAGCAUUACGUUUCAGAUGAAAAAUACCGAAGCGGUUUAUAGCUCGCAGUUAGUGUUUCUGCAUAUACGCUCAUAUACAGGAACACUGCUCGCAAAAAGUAGAGAAGUUAGCGAAGCCUAGGAACCAGGCUGGAAGAGUCCGCUUCCCGCGAAAAAUUCUCGCUUGCUGACAUGCAGUCACUUGAAAACACAAAUGCGGAGCGCACGAGGUGAUUAUUAACUUUAUCUUAAUCUGUGCCCGUGUCGAAUGUAAGCGCGGCAACUCAUAGCCACGUAUGGGUAGAACUGAACUCGUCCAUUUACUUUCGCAAAAUUCGAUGCCACGGCUUAAUCAAGGAGCAGCGAUGCUGUUUUUCGAUAGGAUCAUGACUAUUAUCUGCAGCGAUAACAUUGGGUUCAAAAUAGACGAACACACCUGGUGCGCAUGCUCCAGGUGUGUUCGACGCCACGGCUUAAUCAGCUUAAAAAUUCGACGCCACGGCUUAAUCAAGGAGCAGCGAUGCUGUUUUUCGAUAGGAUCAUGACUAUUAUCUGCAGCGAUUACAUUGGAUUCAAAAUAGACGAACACACCUGGUGCGCAUGCUGCCGUGGGGGUAUACGAACCGCCAUCGCAUCGAUAAGCUUCGCCAAAGU